CCCCCAGGUGAUGCUGGCCGAGCGCCGGGGCUCCUCCGAGCUCUUCGCCAUCAAGAUCCUGAAGAAGGACGUGGUGGUGCAGGACGACGACGCGGCCUCGACGCUGGUGGAGCGGCGGGUGCUGGCCCUGGGCCCCCGGCCCCACUUCCUCACCCACCUGCACUCCACCUUCCAGACCCCCGACCGGCUCUAUUUCCUCAUUGCUGGGAAUCACUGGGCAAGACUUGGGGGUGCUUUGGGAGCACUGGGAUGAACUGGGACGGACUGGGACAGACUGGGGGGGUGUCCCUGACCGUGU